CCUGAAGGCCUCAGCAAUGAGAGUCCAGAAGCCAUGUGGAAGGUAUGUAGGGUUCGCAUAGAGAGUCCGAGAGAUGAGGGAGCCCGGCGACAGGCUCAGCGGGCAGGCCGGUGUUCGUGUGCCCCAGCAAGCUGUGUCGAGCUUGACUGUGGCGCCGCCGCCUGGUAAAGCCUGGCACUGAGCCUGUGGGUAGGGGCGGCAGGAGACCGCCUCCCCCGUGGUCCCUCUACCUGAUAGGGGCGGGGAGGAAGAAAGGCGGGCUCCAAGCGAGUGGGUGAGUCACUCCUGUCCCUUGGGUUAGGAGCGUCAGGACUUCUCUCCUUUCCCAGGGUCUGCGCAUCGGCUCCAGCUCCCCGACUCCCUCUGCUACUCUGCUGGGCGACGCGACUCCCAUCUGAGGCUGCACCAGUCUCCUUUCCUCAUAGGUGAGGACUAGGAUCUUCAGUAAGUUUCCAUCUUACUAAACUAUCAUCACAGUGCAGUCCUGCCUUCUGGAGGAAAUAUCCUGACUUUCUCCAUAAAGUUCGGACUACUUAUGAUCUUUUUGGUCAUCAUUUAUAUGCCAACCCAGCAUUUCCUACAUUGCGGGCCCCAGAGGAACUGAGUCCUGUUCUGAAGCUUUUUGAGAGCUCAAAGUUCAGCAUCAUUAGUGAAUUUUAGUGGCUGGCUGUCUACACAGCAAAGGCUUUAGAGAAAUUUUUCAGUUCAAACAGUAAUGAUUUUCAUGGACUACAAUUUCAGUAGAACAUGUUUUCUCUGUAAUGUGAAAGAAUAUCGAGCACUUGUCAGCAAAUCUGUAGAGACCUUGAAAGAAAACCCUUUAAAUUGAAUAGCUUGAACACUAGGCUGACCAGGGGAAUCUUAACAACAGUAAAUAUCCAUUCGCCUUCUGGAAGAUUCCACCACUGCUAUACAGAGCUGCUGCUGAAAUACCAUGUCGAAGAACUCAGAGUUCAUCAAUCUGUCAUUUUUAUUGGAUCAUGAGAAGGAAAUGAUCCUCGGAGUCCUAAAGAGAGAUGAAUAUUUGAAAAAGGUGGAAGACAAGAGGAUAAGGAAGCUGAAAAAUGAGCUUUUAGAAGCCAAGCGUAGGAGUGGGAAGACUCACCAAGAGGCGAAUAGAGUCUGUGUUCACUGUCAGAAAAGCCUGGGCCUCAUCUUUGACCGGGGAGAUCCAUGCCAAGCCUGUUCACUCAGAGUGUGCAGUGAGUGUCGAGUCACGGGACUUGAUGGCAGCUGGAAGUGCACUGUCUGUGCUAAAGUCGCGCAGCUAAGGAUCAUAAGUGGAGAAUGGUUCUUGGAAGAAAAGGCAAAGCGUUUCAAACAAGUCAAUGUUCUGGGCACUGAUGUUGUUCGACAGUCCAUCUUAAGAAGAAGUCCAGGGUCUGAAGAAAUACAAAACCAAGAGCAAGCACACCAAGGUGCAGACAAGUCAGAUACUUUGUCUUCAGUCAGGCAGAAGGCCACUCAUGAUGGACCAAAGAGGAAGGGUUUUCUUCUUAGCAAGUUCAGAUCAGCAACCAGAGGAGAAAUCAAAACUCCAAAAGCUGAAAGUGGAAGGAGCUAUAGCUUGGACCUAGACAAUCAAAAUCUUCAGAGUUUCAAGUCGGUCUCUGGCUCAGACAGGGGAAGUACCACUUCAUCAGAUCUCAUUGACCAGGAGGCUGGACGAGGAGCACCAAAAGGCAGCUGCAGCAAUGGUGGAAUCCCAGUUACUCAGAGGUCACCAGCCCCAAGUGCUCGUAGUGUGACCUCCAUCAGCAGCAGAGAACAUGGUUUUGAAAAUUCCAUGGCUUUGGCUACCAUUGAAAGCAUCUCUGAGGAACUCACAAAGAGUCAUCGCAGGAACACGUCUGGUACACCUUCCAUAGCAGUGUCUGGUACCUCGCUGUCCUCAGAGCGGAGUCGAUCUGAGUUAGAUUUGAGUGAGUCAUUUGCAGAAGACUUAGAGGACACUUCAAGCAUAAGAAGCAGAUCUGUUCCUGGGGCUUUAGACAAAGACUUGAAUUCCUUAGAAGACACAGAAGAUGGUGUGGACUUAGUGUCCUCCAGGUUUUCUGCAAAUACCCACAGUCUGGCAAGUGGCCUGUCAACUAGCUCCCAAGCAGGAUCUGAUAGGAAGAGGAGCUACCUACAUGUGCCUGAUGCUGACUCAGACACUACUAGCCUUAACAGCAUGAUGAGUGUUUACAGUGAAACGGGAGACUAUGGCAAUGUGAAAGUCACCGGUGAGAUUCUUCUCCACAUCAGCUACUGCUACAAAACUGGCGGGCUAUACAUUUUUGUCAAGAACUGCAGAAACCUGGCCAUCGGAGAUGAAAAGAAACAGAGGACAGAUGCUUAUGUCAAGUCAUACCUUCUUCCAGACAAGACCCGAAACAAUAAGCGAAAGACCAAAAUCAGGACAGGUACCAAUCCAGAAUUCAAUGAAACAUUAAAGUAUACUAUCAGCCACACCCAGCUGGAAACAAGAACUCUGCAGCUCUCAGUCUGGCACUACGAUCGGUUUGGACGCAACAGUUUCCUUGGAGAGGUGGAGAUUGCUUUUGACUCAUGGAACUUCGAAAAUCCAUGUGAUGAAUGGUUUGUGCUUCAGCCCAAGGUGGAGUUGGCUCCUGAUAUUAGCCUUCAAUAUAAAGGAGAGCUAACCAUUGUUUUGCGUUAUAUUCCUCCAGAGGAGAACCUUAUAUUUCCAGUAGAACAACCUCAAGGAAAGAAGAUCUUUAAAAAGGGAAAGAAGAAAGAGUCACCUGCCAUUUCUGGGGGAAUACUUGAAGUUUUCAUCAAAGAAGCAAAGAAUCUGACAGCAGUAAAAGCAGGGGGCACUUCUGACAGCUUCGUCAAGGGCUACCUGCUUCCUGAUGAUAACAAAGCCACCAAGCACAAAACUGCAGUUGUAAAAAAGAGUGUCAAUCCUCAGUGGAACCAUGUGUUCAUAUUCAGCGGUCUGUAUCCUCAGGAUAUACAGAAUGCUUGCCUAGAACUCACCAUCUGGGAUAAGGAGGCCUUUUCCAGCAACAUCUUUCUAGGAGGUGUUCGUUUAAAUUCCGGAAGCGGUAUUAGCCAUGGGAAGGCUGUGGACUGGAUGGACUCUCGUGGGGAAGAACAACGCCUUUGGCAAAAGAUGGCUGACAACCCUGGGACAUCUGUAGAAGGAGUUCUCAUGCUACGUUCUAGCAUGGCAAAAUGUAGGCUCUGAGGGCACCAGUUCUCCCAAAAAUACAUCUCUGGUUGCCAGCUGUUUCCUCUCAGUGAAAAGACUGGGGCUUUGAAAUCACUGAAGAGUAUUAGGGCAUAAUAGGAAACAUGUCAGUACUGUGAACAUUUAGGAUAUUGCUGAUUGUCAAAAAACAAAACAAAAGUAAAAACCCAUAUCCUUUUAUGUGUUCACUUACUCGGGUCUCCCUUAUUAGACAAUAGGAAGUGUACCUUUCCAACAAUAAAACUGUGCAAAGGC